UGGAGUGGCUCUCUGCUGCUCCACACUGAGGCUGCGCUGAUCGCUGAUUACUGUAGGAAACAGACCGACUAUAGAUAUGUACUUUAUAUGACCCCACUUCAAAAACUAUCCCUUUAAAUGGGGAAAGCUAACAUAGCUGAAGUGUUAGCAGGAUCUUAUGGUUUGACUGAAGAAUGCUAACAGUGUUAGCAGGAUCCAUAGAUUUAAAUGGGAAAGAAUGCUAACAGAGUUUUGAUGAUGUACACAUGAGUGUUUGUUCUGUGUCUGUGACAUCACAUCAUGAUGUCACAGAUUUUGUGACAUCACAGUGACAUUAAAAGAAUCAGAGAGAUGUUGCAGUGUGAUUGGUUGGUUUGGACUGAGUGUGGUUGUGACAUCACAGAUAAAUGUUCUGCGAGUGGCUGCAGUGCAGCUGAGUGACCAGCAGAGGGCGCCACGUUCAAACAGCGCCACGGUUCAGUGAAGUUCUGAUCAGAUUCUGUUUGAUCCACGUGACUCAGAAUCUGAGCCAAACUCAUCUAAUGUAACUAAGUACAUUUACUCAAGUACUGCACUACUUCAUACUGCCACAUGCGUCUGAUUACUUUAGUUACUUUACAGAUUACAUGCUCAAACUCUUUACUCAGGUCAACAUCAACUCGUCUGGAGAAACUUUUCACUGGACAGGAACGUAAUCUGAAAAGUAACUAGUAACUGAAGCUGUCAGGUAAAUUUAGUGGAGUAUUUGUUGAGUUCAGUUUCCACUGAUGGAAUGUAACUAAAUAUAUCUAUUACAUAAAGGUUUGAGGUACUUGUACUUUACUUGAGUAUUUUCUGUUAUUUUGUUCUUCCAGUCCACUACAUUUAUCUAAUACCUUUCGUUACUAGUUACUUCACAGAUUACAUGCUGCAUCAUUUAUUAAUGAAUUGAUUUCCUCAUCAGACAGAUAGAAUCAUUGGUUGUGACGAUCAGCUGACUCAGUUUAUACCUGUAAAUAUAUUGAUCACUUUCUUUACUGAUACUUUGAUACUUGAUCACUUUAAUACUUUUACUCAAGUAGACUUUAGAGUACUUUAUGAACAAUAACCAUCAAUUCACUUUCAAUUUAACGACAUGACGUAUUAGAUGACAUCACACACAGGCACCGCCCAGUCCAACACACUUGCACGCGCCGUGCUCGCUCUCCUGCCGUUGGCGCGCAGGCCGCGUGUGUUGUGAAGCAGAGAUGAAGGCAUCAGGGAGGAGGAGGAGGAUGAAGGUGUCUCCUGCUCGCUGAUUGGCUGCUGUGAGGCGACACGCGCCUGUUUACUGGGAGAGCAGAAUGUACAGAGAAGAAGAAGAAGAAGAAGAGUAGAAGAAGAAGACGACGACGACAGUUGUUUUGUAGUUCUGUUCUAUGGAACAACAGAAGUAGAAUCUAAUUAAAUCAGUAGAAGAAGAAAGUCGGAGGACUUCCUGUUCAAACUUUUUCUCUGGAAACUGGGCGCGUUCCCGCCGCAGCCCGAGGCUGUACUGCGCAGGCUCCGUUGCUUCCUGUGGAUAAUGGACCGAUUGUGUCACCGCGCCCGCUGCUGACGUCACACGAGUGGAGGGAGGCGCGAGGCCGCUGAUCCUGACCGGGAACAGGAUCGUCGGGAGCGCGCACCAGAGAAGCGCAUGAACGUUGUGCAACAGGCAGCAGACUGAAGCAACAGAACAGAACAGAGUGAGUCAGACGAAACAGGAAACACUGAAGAAGAAGAAGGAACAGCAGCUGAAGGGUGAGAGACACUGACCAGAACAGCAAGAGAGAGAGAGAGAGAGAGAGACACGAUGUGUGGUGAGACAGAUUAAAAGUUGUUAACUUUAGACGGAAACCGACUGCAGAGUUUCUGUGGGUUUGUUGUUAGACGCUACGGGGACAUGAACCUGAGUCUGCACCGAGAGGACACCUGUCCUGUGAGGGGACACCAGCAGUGAGCCUGUUGUGUGUGUGUGUGUGUGUGUGUGUGUGUGUGUGUGAGGAUGAGCGGAGGUAAAAAGAGGAGUGGCUUCCAGAUCACCAGUGUGACCUCAGACUUCAACCAGACUCCAGUGGGCCAAUCAACGUCCAGCGAGCUCCUGUCAGCCGUCCAAUCAGCAGCUUCCUCCUCACAGGGAAGCUCCUCUCAGCCGACCACGCCUUCUGUGAAGAGGAAGUACGUCUCCCAUGAGGCCCUGGGACCCGGCACCGGCUGCUCCUCCAGGUUCAGGGUGGUGAAGCUGCUGGCGAGCGGCGCUGGCGGCGGGGGGCGGGGUGAGCCGUAUCGCCGUGGGCGAUGGACAUGUUCUGAGUUCGUGGAGCGACAGGAAGGGGCGGGGUUCAGGCGGGUGCUGGACACCAUGAGACACGCCCACUCACUAGAGUCCCUGGAGAUGAUUGGCCGGGACAAAGACAGAGGCGGAGUCCACUCACAGGACGCUGCCCACCUGCUUGCUCAGCCAAUCAGAGGCAAGGAGGGGGCGGGGCUCAUUUUACGCAGUGGACCGCCCUCCCCGACACACCAGGAGCCAAUCAACAUCCGGCUCCUGGACCGCACCGAGCCAAUGGGACGACAGGGUUUGAGCUGCAGCCUGCCCCCGCCCUCGCCCUCGCCCCGCCCACGACUCAUCCCUCCUCCUCUACGAUUGGACGUGGACGCUGCAGGGCGGUCUGUUCUCAGGCUGUCUCACUCUCAGCCUGGUUCCCCCCCUGCUGGACCGUACCAUCCCACUCUGACCCCCAUUCAGACUCCAGCUCGCUUCAGUCUGGACCAAACCUUCUUCAGCCUUCCGGGGGACGACAGUUCCAGUAACAGUCUGAUCGCCAUCGACAACAAAAUAGAGCAGGCCAUGGACCUGGUAAAGAGUCACCUGAUGCUGGCGGUCAGAGAGGAGGUGGAGCUUCUGAGGGAACAAAUCAGAGAGCUGCAAGAGAAGAACCAACAGCUGGAGAGAGAGAACCACAUCCUGAGAACACUCACACACAAUAUACAUACAACAUAACACACAACAGACAAACACACAACACACACAACAGAACCAGGGUGGUUCUAGAGUCUGAUGGGGUCCUGGGAAAAAACAUUUUUUAUUAUUUCAAACUUCCACAAAACAUUAAAAACAAUUGUGCAGUGGGUGGCUCUACACAUCUGGCCUGCAGGUCGAUCUGAUAUUAACUGGUGUUGAUGCUGCUGGUGAUGUGAUGUGUCUUCACUAUGUGGCCUCACGUGACCUGGAGGUGGAUGCUGACUGAACUGAUCCGACCAGAAAAGAACCAUGACAUGACACAAGGCAUAUUGUAUAUAUUAUAUACAUGUAGUUAUAAUCAUUCAAGUGGAACACUGAACUUACAGAGAAAACGUUAUCAGCCCCAAGCAGUUGCCUGCCUUGCUUGUUGGCGAGCGGCGCCCCUGAAAAUAACACACAACACACGCACACACACUCACACACACACUCUGACACAUUGUGACACUGAGUUUAACAGUAUGAUAAUCAGACUAAUGAGGAUCCUGAUAACCAUGACAACAGACUGUUUGUAUCAGCUGAGAUAAUGAUGAUGAUGAUGACGAAGAGUUGUUUCUAUUAAAUUAAUAAACUUGAACUACAGAAGAGA